AUGUCAAACGUCACGGACUCGCUCGAGGGGAUACCCCUUGCACCGGGGCUGGUACCUCGCCGCUUGCUCCGCGAGGAAAUCACCUACUCCGUCGCUAAAGAAAAAGACUACAAUGUACUCCACGAGCUAAAAUACUGGGAUCAGCGAACUCAAUUUUUCAGGCACAUUCAGAAUAAUCAAUCGCUGCUUCAGAAGAUCGUCGCUCAUCACCUCGGUGUAUCCCCAGAUGUAUGCCAUGUUGCUGAGCCGCGAAAAUGGGCACACGGAAGCUUCAAUGUUUGUAUUCGUAUCGACAUUGAUGCUAUGGCACGGAAACCUGGGAGACGGGUGAUGAUAAGGCUGCCUCUGCCAUAUAAACUUGGAGAAAACAAACAUCCGGGUAAUAUCGAUGAGAAGAUCCGUUGUGAGGCUGGAACAUAUGUGUGGCUUCAAGAAAAUUGUCCAACAAUACCAAUUCCAAAGCUAUAUGGAUUCGGGAUGACCACUGGUCAGUCUUUCACUGCCUUGGAGUCCCGACCAUUCAUGACACGCAUGUUUUGGUCUCUUCGCCGAAACAUCUCAAAGUUGCUAGGAUAUCAAAUCGCAACUCCUUAUGUCCCAACUACAUACAAAGAAGCAUCAGCGCUAGGAACAGGCUAUCUCUUAAUUGAAUACAUCGACUCAACCCAAGGUGAAAUGCUUUCCAAUACAUGGCCUGAAAGGCGCCACAACCCAAAAUUACGACAAACUCUCUUCCGCGACCUCUCUCGCACUCUCCUCUCACUAUCACGUAUCCCUCUCUCAAAAAUCGGAUCCUUCACUUUAGACAAUGAGGGCUACUUAACCCUAAGCAACAGACCUCUCACUCUCGAUAUCCACUAUCUAGAGAACCAAAACAUUCCCAUCGACAUCCCGCGAAACAGCACUCACUCAAGCACCGAAACAUAUAUUAACGAUCUAUUCUCAAUCCAUGAAAGCCGUUUUCGUCAUCAGCCGAACGCAGUCAAUAACAUACAAGACGCCUUCUACCAAGCGUGCGGACUAACCAUAAUGCGAAGUGUUUGGCCGUGUUUCUUCCGCCGGGAUCUACUGCGCGGACCGUUCUUUUUCAAUCUUACGGAUCUGCAUCAGAGCAAUAUUUUAGUUGACAAGGAAUGGAAUGUUACGUGCAUUAUUGAUCUGGAGUGGGCCUGUUCACGGCCUGUGGAGAUGAUUCAUCCGCCCAGCUGGUUGUCGAAUCAGCCGAUGCAGCUCAUUGAUGAAGAACAGUAUACCCCUCUGCAUACGGACUUUAUGGCUAUUUUUGAAGAAGAGGAGAAAGCUCUCAGUCCGGAGAUGCAACCGCCUUUUCCAUUCUACCCCAUUUUGAAACAGGGGCUGGAAAAAGGAACGUUGUGGUGCUCUUAUGCAUUAAAUAGUCCGGGUGCUAUUUUCGAUAUGUUUUACAGGCACAUUCAGCCGCGAUUUGCGAAGAGCCAUAUUGAUGAGGAUUCGUUUUGGUUGAUUACUAUGCCCUAUUGGGGGUUUGAUAGCUAUCAGUUUCUGGAGGAUAAGCUGGAGGAUAAGGCGAGGUAUGAUGAGGAUCUGCGAAAGGUGUUUGAAAGGAGGGCGGAUGAGCACGACGCUCCUGAGUAA